GGGAACCGGACACCUGCAGUGAUCCUGUUAUGAAGCAAUUUCUUUUGCAUCUUGAUGAGACUAUGAAAUUGGGAUCAAAAUUUGUGCUGGUAGACUUGGAUGAUUGUCACCUUUUUGUGCAGCCUGAAGUGUAUAACAGUUUAAAGAACCUUAUUGACGAGCAGUACGAGAAGGUGUAUUACAAUCAGAAGAGCAGUCUAGAGUAAUAUACUGUACUAAUUUCAUUAUGACAACACGUGAGUCAGGUAGAUUGAAGGAUGCUUCAUCGAGGCGCAUUCUGGAUGAGAGUGCAAGGCGGCGGCGAGCACGUAAAGCUCUAGAGGCAUUAGAACAAGAUAAUUUUCAUGAUGAUCCUCAUGCUAAUCUUGUUAUGAGUAAGAAAGCACCAAAAUUUGAAGAAUCUCUAGAUGGAAGCAGACAUAAGGAUCGUAAAAGAAAAACAAGGAGUACUGAAUAUUUUAAACAAAGAUUUCGAAAGAAUUUUCCAAUUCUACUUGAAGAAGAACAAGCUCUUUACCCAGAUGGGCCCAACUAUCUUACUGUGCAAGCACCACCUUCCAAGUUACCCGAAAGACGUCUUUGUUCAGUUUGUGGUUUUCCUGCACCUUACACAUGUAUUCCAUGUGGGGCACGAUAUUGUUCUACAAAAUGCCUGUCCACUCAUGAAGAUACAAGAUGUCUGAAGUGGACAGCAUAAGCUUUUUUAUAAAUAGUAGGUUGAGUAAUUAACAAUUAAAUGCAUUUGAAAGUUUAUUGAAUGUCAAAAUUCUUCCAAAUAUAAAUUUACUAUUAAAACAAAUCCACAUAUACAAACAUCAGUGUCUGUUGUAUGAAUAAAUUUACACUACAUAUAAAAAGAUGUUUUUUUUUGUUAAAGUUUAGUCAAGAUUUAGCAGCAAUAUUUCACUUGAGCAGUGACUAGUAACAUUGACCUAGGUUGUUUAUAUAUUGAACCUGCUGUUUUAAACUUAUCAUUUAACUUGUGCUUUUCUUAGAGCUACAUUUAAUUUUUCAAAAUAAAUAUUUAUCUGUAUUUUACAAGUGCUGUAAACCUUAUUUGGGACAAGUGUCAAUGAACAAAGUGUGGAGAGCAGGUCCUAUAGUUAGCCAUGUGUGCUGUGCUCCCAGUACUAAGGAUGGAGGUACAGUACACGCAUCUUUGUAAUUACCCAAAUAGUUAUUCCAUAAUUAUAUACUAAUUGUGUA